AGGAUCUCUGAUAUUUUUCCGUGUACUUCCCUCCCCAGAGACCAUUGGUGAAACAUACCGCGCAUCUAUAGGGGGGGUUUUUGCUUAGGAGGCGGACCUAACGCGACCCCCACAGUUGAGAUUCAGAUGGUUUUACAAUGCCGACCAUUUCUCUGAAGCGCAUUCAGUAGCUGCUGGUCCACUGAGCGACGUUCCCAAUGUGCUUUACAAACCCACGAUUGCACAUCUUUUAUCACGUUUCUUGAGAAAGGGGAAGAGAAAAGACGCACGGGGAAGAAGAUUCUGAACAUCACAUUUUAUUCCUACUCAUCAGUGGAAUUAUCUCAAAAGCUUCGUGACAACAACAAUUGAUAUUCAACACAUUGAGUGACAACAACGUUUCAUCUUCAAAAAUCACAAAUAAGACAAAAGAGAGUCCAUUACACUUUGGAUGAUGGAUUCUUCUCAGUCAGAGAUGAACAUCUUAUCCAAUGGGAAAAGUCAUGACCUCGGAGAUGACUUGGGUGUGCCGAUGAAGACGUUUCCAGAGGAAGACCAAAAUGGCACUCAAACAGUCAGAUUUGAUGAUCCUGAGGGAGGACUGGAGAAUGAAGAAUUUCUGCCCACUGCAGAUGGAAAGAAACCUAUACGCUUCACAGAUUUUGAAGGAAAGACCUCCUUUGGGAUGUCUGUCUUCAACCUUGGUAAUGCUAUUAUGGGCAGUGGAAUCCUGGGAUUGGCUUAUGCAAUGGCCAACACUGGCAUACUUCUAUUCUGGUUUCUUCUAACUGCAGUUGCCGCCUUGUCAUCUUACUCCAUUCAUCUGCUGCUCAAAUCCUCAGGCAUUGUGGGGAUUCGAGCUUAUGAACAGCUGGGGUACAGGGCCUUUGGUACACCAGGAAAAAUGGCUGCUGGUAUAGCAAUCACCCUGCAGAACAUUGGAGCUAUGUCCAGCUACCUGUACAUUGUCAAAUCGGAGUUACCGCUGGUAAUCCAAGCUUUCCUGAAGGCCGAACCCAACUCUGAUCUGUGGUACACGAAUGGAAACUACCUGGUCAUCAUGGUCUCUGCCAGUAUCAUCCUGCCCCUGGCUCUAAUGAAACAGCUCGGUUACCUCGGCUACACCAGUGGGUUUUCUCUCAGCUGCAUGGUGUUUUUUCUCAGCGCAGUUAUCUAUAAGAAGUUUCAGAUUCCCUGUCCAUUCGAGGAGUACUCUUCCAACAGUACUGCUGCCCUCCACAGUCUGAAUGUCUCCAGCCAUGGCCACGACGAGUACAACAACGGCCUAGUUCACGAGGAAGACGACUGCUACCCACGCUUGUUCACCAUCAACUCACAGACCGCAUAUACAAUUCCCAUCCUAGCCUUCGCCUUCGUCUGCCACCCUGAGGUGCUCCCCAUCUAUACCGAGCUGCGCAAUCCAACAAAGAAGAAGAUGCAGAAGGUGUCCAACCUCUCCAUCCUUGUCAUGUACACCAUGUACUUCCUGGCUGCUCUCUUUGGGUACCUGACAUUCAAAGGCAGGGUGGAGCCUGAGCUGCUGCACACUUACAGCAGGAUUGACCCUUAUGACACUCUGAUCCUGUGUGUGCGAGUGGCCGUCCUCACAGCUGUAACACUGACCGUCCCCAUUGUGUUGUUCCCUGUACGUAGAGCUAUCCAGCAUAUGAUUUUCCCAACCAAGUCAUUCAAUUGGCUGCGUCACAUCGCCAUCGCUCUCAUUCUGCUCACUUUCAUCAACAUGCUGGUGAUAUUCGCUCCCAACAUCCUGGGAAUCUUUGGCUUCAUUGGUGCCACAUCUGCUCCCUGCCUCAUCUUCAUCUUCCCCGCUGUCUUUUACAUCCGCAUCGUUCCCAAAGAGGACGAACCCAUGAACUCUACCCCGAAGAUACUGGCUGCGUGUUUUGCUGCUCUGGGCGUCUCCUUCAUGGUGAUGAGUCUGAGCUUCAUCAUCAUUGACUGGUCUACAGGGGCUGGCAUGGCUGCUGGAGGCCACUAGAUGCUGCUACAGUGUGUGUGUGUGUGUGUGUGUGUGUGUGUGUGUGUGUGUGUGUGUGUGUGUGUGUGUGUGUGUGUGUGUGUAUGUAUGUAUGUGUGUGUGUGUGUGUGUGUGUGUGUGUGUGUGUGUGUGUGUGUGUGUGUGUGUGUACAAGUGAGAGAGAUAUGAGAAGGGGGCGGGGGUUGUAGAAUGUAGAAUAAUGCUUAUUGUAUAGGGAGCAUUAUCACCUGGGUGGUACACACUACAGGGCGUCUCAGCAUGGAAUGUUGGGAUUAGAUUUAUACUGAUCACGUUAAUUAACUUUUUGACUGGAUUGUAACACAUAUCCAAACAAAAUCCUGUAAUACCAAUGUUCUAUAAUUGAAUUAUUAUAUGGCAAUGCAAUUAAGAUGAAUAAUCAGGACUUUUUUAACUCCCUUCUACUGGAGCAACAACAACCAUCCAUGAUGGUGAAACUUUCCUGUUGCUCUUUAUUUACACACACAAACAGUUGCAGCUGGAACUGUACAGAAGAAAAAGGCAUGAUUGUCUUUUACAGGAAGGCAUCAACAUGAAUAUGGAUACAAAGGUAAAAUAACUUGAGUUAUUUUUACACAAAUAGUAUUUUUCAUAAGACACACAAAUAGUACAGUCAGAUGAUUACAUUUCUAUCCAGCAGCCUCUAAAAUGUUCAUCAUAUCAGACUUUAGAGUACAGGUGACAUUUAACCUUGUGGUCUAUCCACUGCCUGAGUAGUUAUGAAGUUGUAUUCUACAGAGGAAGCAUUUGUUCUGCUGAUCUGCUAGUUCACUUCAGAAACCCUGGUGCCUUUCAGCCUUUGGAACAGCACACAAAUAUACAAUAAAAGGGAGGAGUGUAUAUUUAUUUAGCUACUAUAUCUGUGUUUUUAAUUCAAAUGAGCUUUAUUUAACUGCGUUAUCUGAGGAAGUAAAUGAUCUUAGCAUGUCGAGUUUGAUAUCAGUUUUUAGUUUCACUUACAGCACACAGGAAGGAAAGUUUAUGAUAAUAUUUGUAGUGCUUGAUAAAAUAAAUUGUAAUUUUAGCACAUGUAUGCCACACUGUGACUGUGAAUAUUAACCAAGUGCAGAUUAAUAUGACCUAGACCGUUUCCCUUUGAGCCUAGCUAAAUAAUCUCUUAAAUACUUGAUUACCUCUUUAAAGUAUCAAAUCACAACAUUGAACAAAUUAAGAAAUCAUGUUUCCCCAUGAUAGAAUGUAAUACUACAUCUUUAUAUUUAAACUAUGCUCUUCAAGUCUACUCUUGUACAACAUUUUGGGAAACUACCACAUCCACUUUUUAACCUAGAGUUAGUGGAGAAGAUUGAGACCACACUCGUAUAUGUUAUCUUCAGCUACAGUCAGCAGGCAGUUAGCGUAGCUUAGCAUAAAGACUGGUAGCAGGGCGAAACUGCUAGCUACACUCUGUAUAGUUAAAAAAAAAAAAAAA